AUGGAUCCAAGAGAGGUUGACCGUAACCUUCGGGCGUUACAGAAAGCUGUUGCAGACAAGGAGCCAGCAUCUAUAGUUGUAAAUAUAUUAGAGAUAUUGAAAAAGGAAGUCCUCCCGACUGAAGAGCUCUUGCGAACAACAAAAGCUGGAAUAAUUAUUUCCAAGCAAAAAUCCAAUCCGAAUAAAGAAAUUUCUAAGCUUGCAGCCGAAAUAGUAUCAAAAUGGAAGAAAAUAAUUCAGUCAAGACCAAAAUUAGCCCCGAAUUUACCGCCAAAAAUCGCGUCACCAGCACCGACCGGAGAACCUAAAUCAUUCAAAGGCGACAACUCAAAAAGAAGAUGGGAAACUGAGAAAGUAGACGUGAAACGUACGGGCUUAAAGACUAGAGACGCUUGUGUCGGGCUCAUUUACAAUGGAUUAUGCUUCAUGUCCGAUGAAUCUUCCAGUCUUAUUAUCUCACGGGCAGUAGAAGUAGAAAAGGCAGCUUUUGAUAUAUUUGGGGGUGACACACCGGAGUACCGUGCAAAACUUCGAUCGCUCUUUCAAAAUUUGAAGGCGGUUUCAAACCGAGAACUAGGUCAAAGAGUCCUGUCUGGAGAGAUAAAUCCCACAAAGUUUGUGAACAUGAGUCAUGAUGAGCUUAAAUCAAGUAAGCGGCGUCAAGAGGACGAAAAAAUAAAUAAAGAGAAUAUGAAGAAAGCCCAAGUUCCAAUGGCAGAAAAGAGUAUCAGUGAUGCAUUGAAGUGUGGCAAAUGUGGCCAGAAAAAAGUCAGUUACAGUCAAGCUCAGACCCGAUCUGCCGAUGAACCUAUGACGACUUUUUGUGAAUGCACAGUUUGUGGCAAUCGCUGGAAGGUAUGUAUCAAAUAUUUUCUGAAAACCUAUUUCUGA